UUAAUGUGACUGAAAAUUAAAAGUGCAUCUUUAAAAGCUGACUUGUGAGAAGAAAAGCAAUUAUUAGAUUAGCAGCUCUUCCAUAAUAACCCAAAUCUUUAAAAAAAAACACCUGCAAAGUCCAUUCCAUUUUUUAAAGAAUAUUCUGGUUUUAAUCAUUUUUUGUGAACUUUUAGUGUUUGACAUUUGGACAGAAUAACUGCUCCUUUCACUCUUUUUUCAGUCACGCUCUCUUCUAUCUGAACAUCAGAACUUUAAACCUCCAAGUGCAAAUAAGAGAGCCUGCACAAAACGUCCAGUAUUAAUCCAACACAUUCUGACUCAGUCAUUCCUUUAAAGGAAUAAAAUGAACAGGCUGUCGCUCAAAGACAGAGCGAGGAAAACAUUCUUACAUUAUUCUGAUCUCACUCUGGAUUUCAUAUAAGCUGUGAUGCAACAUGGAAUAACCUGCAAAAAUGAUCUGAAAUUACAGUCACUUCAGUUCAAAUCAACCUUACUUUAUCACUAACCUGUCAAUGUUUUAUGAUAUUAAGUAUGCUUUGUACUGUUUUUUAAGUUAUAUGUUUUGUUUUUAUUCAUUUUGUAUUUUCAUCUGAUGUGUUAUUUGUGAUGUUUUUUUGUUUCUCCUUCACUUUUUCCUGUCUCGGUACCCGCCUGCCAGGCUGAGAUUGUAAAUAAGAAGUUAUUCUUAGUGUUUUGCCUGGUAAAAUAAGUUUAAAAAAUAACGAAUUUAUGAGCUAACAUUUGAUGUGGUGACAUUAUGAGAAUAUCCUUAAAGGACCAAAAUGAUUAAGAUUUUAUAAUGAAAAGCAGCAGGCAACACGCGCCCCUUCACGUUAUAUUUAAAAUGGUUUGUUAUCUAAAAUGUAUAAAAUAUAUUUCAGUUGCUCUUUUUGUUUGCUUUGACUCCCCCUCUACGCUUCCGCCCCUCACAGAGUGGCGCGCGCUCACAGGAGAGCGCGGGUCAAAUACACUACAACACGAUACAAAAACAUGUGGAUAUUGCUGAGGGGUGUUCAUUCAGGUUAGGCUUUAAAGAGAAAAUAAAUCAAGUCGGACUGGCGCCUACAUGGAAGCCAGCAGGGCUCCGGGAAAGGCAGCGGAUGGCGAAGACGAAUCCGCGCGUUUGGCGCACCUCAGAGCCGCAGUCCUGGCGUUGGUUUUUGCGCUCGCAACUUGCGGCAACUUCUUCUUCCUGGGCACCCUGUGGAGGAGGAGGAAGAGGAACACGAGGACCCAGCUGUUCCUCCUGCACCUGUGCCUGGCGGACCUGGUGGUCGCCUUCUUCCAGGUCCUGCCGCAGCUCUCCAUGGAAAUUACGCACCGGUUCCGAGGCACGGACUUCCUGUGCCGCUCCGUGAAGUACCUGCAGGUGGUCGGCAUGUUCGCCUCCGCCUACAUGAUCGUGGCCAUGGCCAUAGACCGGUACCACGCGGUCUGCACGCCCAUGGUGUCCUUCCUGGGGGGCUCGUUCAGGAGGUACCUCUCCAUCGGCGCGGCGUGGCUCAUCUCGCUGCUCUUCAGCUGUCCGCAGCUCUUCAUCUUCUCUCUGCGGGAGGUCGAGGAGAGGCAGCUGGACUGCUGGGCCACGUUCAUCGAGCCGUGGGGGAGCAGGGUCUACAUCAGCUGGAUCACCCUGUCCGUGUUCGCGCUGCCCGCCGUCAUCCUGCUCUACUGCCAGAUGAGAAUCUGCACAACCAUCUACUUCAACAUGAAGAGGAAGGCUCUGCAGUCGGGGCGCGCGGGCGCCAAGGGGGUCUCCAACGCCAUGCUGAAGACCGUGAAGAUGACUUUUGUUAUAAUUAUGGCUUACACCGUGUGCUGGAGCCCGUUCUUYGUUGUGCAGCUGUGGUCUGCAUGGAGCCCUGACAGCGCUCCAACACAAGGCCCAAUAUUUUCAAUAAUCAUGCUGCUGGCAAGUCUCAACAGCUGCACCAACCCCUGGAUAUAUCUCUACUACAGCUCAAAGGGAUGCUUAAAAGGAUAGUUAAUAUCUUACCUGUUGUAGAUCACUUUUUGGGACUUUAUUAUUAUUAUUUUUAUAGAAAUAAACUAAUUCUGGGAGUGGCACGGUGACUCAGUUGGUAGAGCUGAAGGUGGCCGGAUCAAAUCCUGACCCGGGGACCUUUCUGGGUAGAGUUUGAAAGUUCUCUUCGGGCAUGUGUGGGUUCUCUCCGGGCACUCCAG